AUGUUGCAGAGGCUACUGGCGACACUGGUGAGCCAAUUCUUCGUGCAGCGAUUGUUCGUGCUUUCUGGUUGGCAGGAGCAGUACGUCGCAGACCUGGUGAUCCCCUUCGAGUGGCAGGCUGGAGCAGAUCUUGAUACUCGAGACAGUCAUAGUGGAUGUGCUUCCUUGCAUUUGAUGGCUGCAGAGGCCAGAUGCUCGAGGGAUGCUUACAGGGGUUCCGACAGCGGGACUUGCAGAGUUGUCGCAAGGGUUGGAACAAGGGCAGAGUGGGCACUUUAUGAGGUGGACAUGUUUAUGCUAAUGGGCUUAAAACCGCGCGUGUAG